GUUAUCUGCGCGGGUGCGAGGUCCGCUUCCAGUCGCUCCUCGCUCUCGGCAGUGCAGAGGCCUGCGGCAGUAGACGACCAUGCUCGCCCUGUGGCUGGCCGCGGCCUGCGUGCUGCUGGCGUGUCUCCGCAGGUACAUGACCGCCCGGCCGCCGGGGUUCCCGCCAGGCCCACCUCGCUUGCCGUUCUGGGGCAGCUACUGGUUCCUGUUCCUGGCCAACUACCGCUACACCUACAAGGCCCUGAGUGCUUGGGGCCGACUGUAUCGCACCAACGUCCUUGGACUGCACAUCGGUCCCUUCCCUGCCGUCGCUCUUCUGGACUACACGGCCAUCAAGGAAGUGUUCGACAACCCCGACUGCCAAGGAAGGCUUGAUGGCUUCCUCGUCCGCGAGCGUGCCAUGAAACAACGUCUAGGUCUCUUCUUCACUGACGGAGAGCAGUGGAAGAGCCAGAGAAGGUUCAUGUUGAAGAACAUGAGGGAUCUCGGGUACGCGAGGAGAUCCCCAGUCUUCGAGGACGUCGUCAGCCAAGAAGUGCGAGACCUGCUGGACCUCAUCAAUGGCGACAGGAAGGAUGAGGUGGUCUUCGCCGACGGCUGCCUGAACCUGCCGAAGGCCCUGUGCGUGGGCGGUGCAAACAUGCUGUGCCACGUGAUCUUCGGGGACCGCUUCCCGCCGGCGGAGCACCACAGGCUGUACAAGCUGGCCGACAUGUGCUGCCUCGCCGUGAAGGAAGUCGAGGUGACGGGGGGCACGGUGACCCUCACCCCCUGGCUGCGGCACUUCACUCCCAAGCAGUUCGGCUACAAGGGCUUCGUGCGAGGCACGGGCUUCGCCACCGACUUCUUCAGGGUCGCAUUAGAAGAACAUAAAGCCAUAGCUGAUACAUCCGAUGAUGAUAACCUAAGAGAUUUCAUUGAUUUUUACUUAAAUAAAUUAAAACAAAAAGAGUCCAAUGAAACGAACAACUUUUUCAAAGAGGAUGAGUUGCUCAUGGUUGCCACCGACCUCAUGUUGCCUACUAUCGCCACCAUGGCCUCGCUCAUGUCCUACAUACUACUGCAGCUCAUGCACAACCCUGAUGUGUUGGCGGCAGCUCAGAAGUCGCUGGACGCGACAGUGGGAAAGGAUAGGUUGCCCACCCUGGACGACAGACAGCGCCUUCCGUACAUAGAAGCGAUAAUACGUGAAGGUUUGCGACACCAAUCUUCAGUUCCAAUAUCCGUACCCCGCAGAACUACGGCUGCUACAACUAUUCAAGGAUAUCCCAUUCCUGAGAACACUGCCAUAGUGCCGGUGUUAUGGUCGGCCAACAGGGAUCCCAACAUGUGGGAUGAACCUGAUGCAUUUCGACCUGAAAGAUUCUUGGACAAGGAAGGAAAACUUAUCAAGGACAAGACUCUGCCAUUCGGGGGAGGCAAGCGCCUGUGCGUGGGCGAGACGUUCACCCGGCACCACGUGUUCCUGUUCCUGUCGGCGCUGCUGCAGAGCUGCGAGUUCUCGCCGCCGCCGCGCGCAGCGCUGCCCGACCCUGAGGAGCACGUCAUCACCGGCUUCAGCAACACGCCGCCUGACUUCCGGCUGUGCGUCGCGCGCAGGACCUGAAGGGUCGUCGCCACAACGCCGAAUACCAUGACGCCGAAUGCCAAAUUGACCGCAACGCCGACAGCUAUAAAACUGCUGUGUACCACAACGCCGAAAUACAGUAACGCCGAAAAAUUUUUCUGUCGGGAGGGGGGGAGUGGGGGGCACAGGAGCAAAAUGAAAAACAACUGAAUGAAUUUGUGUGCUAACCUUACCUAACCUAACCUUUGUGGCAGUCCAUGCAAUGACAUUUUUUCGGGGUUAAUGUAUUUCGGCGUUGUGGUAAUUCGGCGUUGUGGUACACAGCAGUUUUCUAGCUGUCGGCGUUGUGGUCAAUUUGGCAUUCGGCGUUAUGGUUUUCGGCGUUAUUGUACGUUCGGCGUUGUGGUAUUUCGGCGUUGUGGUGCGUCCCCGACCUGAAGACAACAGACAACCUCGCUCCACGCUCACGGCGGCGGGAAGUCUCAAGAUCCACGGUUCUGGAAGCACGCGCCCGAACAAGGCAUUGUUCCGCAUUGACGCAGAAACGUAACACCCGAAACGACUCACGGAAGCGCAAGAUAAUCCGUCUACAAAUCACACACGAUGCUGAGACUCACCUAGGUCUCUCCCUAACCCGGAUCCCUCCUGCAAACACACUUAGUUUUUAAUUAGGUCUGGGAAAAAAUUGCCAGUUACACAUUACACGGAAACAACAAUUGCAACGAAUCAUUAACUUAUUGGAAACAUUUUUGAGCAUAAUAUGGUGAAGAUUUACAUAUUAAACUAAAAUAAACCACAAUUGAAUGGUCGUAUACCAGACAUUCUUGCAUUUCAACCAUUAUUAACGUAUUUAAAACGACUUAAACAAACAUGGUUAACACCGCGGUGAUAUACCUGGCUUUUGUUGGUCGCACGGUGUCACGUAACCAGAAGAGCUUUACAUUGCAUAAACUCAUCUGUUCGCUUCUUAGUUCGCAUAAGUUCCAUUGAAGCUAUUCUUUCCCAUGAUUAACGUAACUGUACACGUGUUUCAUGUCAGCUCCCGUGUCAUUGUAGAACAAGCACAAUCUCGAUAGCGUGUUUAUGAGACGUUUGAGAAUGCUUGUGAUGGGGUUGGUUUAUUGGUUUGACCAUACGCUAGUUCAACAUUUUUGUGCCCAAUGCUAAACGGCCUAUUAAACAAUACCAUUAUACAAGGAAAGUGACAUGGCGACGUGACGCAGCCUGGGCGUUAUUGCGGUUAUAAAAUAUCAUGUAACUUUGUUAGGUCCUCGUUUCAAUGUAGUAAGUGAAUGACAUUACAUUAGUAAAGAAUUUAAACAUACUUUGCAUAAAAUUAAUAUUUUACAAUUAAUAAUUUUAACAAUAAUUUUGUUUCUGUUUUGAGUAGCAUUUGUAAACAAUAGCGCACGGACUUGUUUAUUAGACAUGAUUGUGACAUUUCUUAUAGUUACGUCAAUGUUGGAGUAAUGCGCAGAAGAAAAAAAAAAUCUGUCUAUAACAGUUUUUAGUCUGUAAGUGUAACCUAGCGUAACUUAUUUAAAUGCAAAGGUAUCAAAAUAAUUAUUAUCUCGAGCGUAAAUUUCUCCCCGUUUUUUUCAUCAAGAAUAGGCACUAUCGAUUUUGCAAUAGCAAUCGCUUCCCUUUAGCUCUGAGCGGACGAGUGAACCUUAAGACUGAAGUUGAGGUGGACUGCGUGGAGCGUAUUGCGCAGUAAAAAAUGCGUGGGCCAAUGUGGAAGUGGACCAGGCUAUUUUCCAAUAGAACUGACAAAAACGUGUAUCAUGGUGGAAUAAGGUCGGUAGUUGUUUGGUACCUCUUGACUUGUGCACUGAAAUAUGCAUUGCGUCAGUUUAUAAAUCAAUAUUUAACAUAACCGUGUAUCUGCAGAUGUACCGGGUGUAAAUAAACGCACAUAACAUUGUUUACAUUAGCGAGUUUCGAAAGUUAUAUUGGCGAGUAGUACGCCACUGUUGUAGCCAUGUGUAGACCUCAAGAAUAUUGCUUUACCAUUAGUAUAUGGCGUAGACAGGCAUAUAUACAGCCAGCCAUUCACACAUAUAUGAUAACUUUUAAACUCAACCUUUGAAAUUAAAACUAUAUGUUUCAUUGCAUGUUACUAUCCCUCUAAGAUUAGAAAGCAGCAUAUCAGAGAAACCAGUUACCCCACUUAACUUUUCACAAUAAAUCUUAAUUUUUUUAAAUUGAUUGCUGCUAAAAUUUGCAAUGUGUCUUUUUUGACCUAAUAAGCAUUUGAUAAACAGUUCAACCAUAUUUUUACUAUAAAUAUUUCAGCUAAAUAUUUCUUUUUUGAAGUAACAAAUUAUUAAAUAGUUUUUUCAUUAGGUAUAUAUGUAUUUGGUUAGCGGAACAUAUUUAAUCAUGUUACUCGUAAGAUUUUAGGAUGUUAAUAACAUAUUUGAUUAUCUCAACAUUUGUUUGUUUAACACUCAUUUUUUUAGUCAAACCAUUUUUUUGUUCUCAGUGCUUAAAUAAUAAAUUAAAAAAAGUAUUUUAAAAUAAUGGUAUAAGUACUUAACAAUUUCAAAAUGUAGUUAAGGAUAUUUACUGCAUAUCUGGCAAAAAAUUGUAAUCAUCAAAUGGAGGUAAAAAUAAAUAAAUUAGAAAAAAAAUUAGAACC